AUGGAGUCAAAGUCGUUGUUCGGCAUUCUUGUUUUGGUGGUUCUUCUCUCAAUCCAAGCUGAAGGAAACAUCAACAACUUCAACUUGGCUAUGGCAUCGAAAUCUCUCUCUGACAAAGGCUAUCAUGCAAUGUCCAUGAUCUUUGACGUGUCUUUCGAGACUCACGAUCCGCCGUUGACACUGCUUCAGUAUCAUGUUGUGCCUCUGAAACUCGACAUUGAGGCUCUGACAACUCUUCCUCAUGGUUCCAAGAUUGAUACUCUCUUUCUUGGCCAUCCCCUGGUUGUCACUACUCUACAAAGCGAUGAAUAUGCAUCCCUCAAUGGAGUCAAAGUGACCGAAUGGAAUCUUUAUAAUGAUGGAGGCUUGAUCAUCCAUGGCAUUGGUAACUUCUUUGAUCCUGCUUUUCAAACCCUGAUAUAUCCCUGGUUCGAUAUGAAGAACAAUAUGCACGCAGAAGUAAUCAGUGGAUUUUCUAGGGUGAUAAGAGAAUUAAAAGAUAAUGGGUCUCUGCUAUUGGCAUUAAUGGUGGUGAUUGGUUUGGGUCUACUUGUGCUGCGCAGAGAUAAAGGAGAUGAAUAUGAACGUAUACAGCAGCAGGAGGUAGUUGAUCAUGUUCUUGAUGUUAAAAGUAAAGCUUUUUAUGUCUAG